GAGGAGGAGGAACAGAACCUCUGAGAGGGGCUGGUUGCUUUCUUUGAGCCGACUUUUCGCCAAUGGUCCAAAGCGACAUGUCCAAGUCGCCUCCCACAGCGGCGGCGGCAGUGCCGGUGGCGCAGGAGAUCCAGAUGGAACUGCUGGAUAACGCAGCCCCCGCGGGGGCGCCAGGAGCAGCGGCACAGUCAUAUGGAAAAGGAGCUAGAAGGAAAAACAGAUUUAAAGGAUCGGACGGGAGCACUUCAUCUGACACUACCUCAAAUAGUUUUGUUCGUCAGGGUUCGGCAGACUCCUACACCAGCCGUCCAUCUGAUUCUGAUGUAUCUUUGGAGGAAGACCGAGAGGCAGUGCGGAGAGAGGCAGAGCGACAGGCCCAGGCGCAAUUGGAAAAAGCAAAGACAAAGCCCGUUGCAUUUGCAGUUCGAACAAAUGUCAGCUACAGCGCAGCCCACGAAGAUGAUGUUCCAGUGCCAGGCAUGGCCAUUUCAUUUGAAGCAAAAGAUUUUCUGCAUGUUAAGGAAAAAUUUAACAAUGACUGGUGGAUAGGGCGAUUGGUUAAAGAAGGCUGUGAAAUUGGAUUCAUUCCAAGCCCAGUCAAACUAGAAAACAUGAGGCUACAGCAUGAACAGAGAGCCAAACAAGGGAAAUUUUACUCCAGUAAAUCAGGAGGAAAUUCAUUAUCCAGUUUGGGUGACAUAGUACCUAGUUCCAGAAAAUCUACACCUCCAUCAUCUGCUAUAGACAUAGAUGCUACUGGCUUAGAUGCAGAAGAAAAUGAUAUUCCAGCAAAUCACCGCUCCCCUAAACCCAGUGCAAACAGUGUAACGUCACCCCACUCCAAAGAGAAAAGAAUGCCCUUCUUUAAGAAGACAGAGCACACUCCUCCUUAUGAUGUGGUGCCUUCUAUGCGACCAGUAGUUCUUGUGGGCCCUUCCCUGAAGGGAUAUGAGGUGACGGAUAUGAUGCAGAAAGCUUUGUUUGAUUUUUUAAAACACAGAUUUGAAGGGCGGAUAUCUAUCACAAGGGUCACUGCUGACAUCUCGCUUGCCAAACGCUCAGUAUUAAACAAUCCGAGUAAGCACGCAAUAAUAGAAAGAUCCAACACAAGGUCAAGCUUAGCGGAAGUUCAGAGUGAAAUUGAAAGGAUUUUUGAACUUGCAAGAACAUUGCAAUUGGUAGUCCUUGAUGCGGACACUAUUAAUCAUCCAGCUCAACUUAGCAAAACCUCUUUGGCCCCUAUUAUAGUAUAUGUGAAGAUUUCUUCUCCCAAGGUUUUACAAAGGCUAAUAAAAUCUCGAGGGAAAUCUCAAGCUAAACACCUCAAUGUCCAGAUGGUAGCAGCUGAUAAACUGGCUCAGUGUCCUCCAGAAUUGUUUGAUGUUAUCUUGGAUGAGAACCAGCUUGAGGAUGCCUGUGAGCACCUUGCCGACUAUCUGGAGGCGUACUGGAAGGCCACCCAUCCUCCAAGCAGCAAUCUCCCUAACCCUCUCCUUAGCCGUACCUUAGCCACUUCAACUCUGCCUAUUAGCCCCACCCUAGCCUCUAAUUCACAGGGUUCUCAAGGUGAUCAGAGGACUGAGCGGUCUGCUCCUGGCCGCUCUGCUUCCCAAGCCGAAGAAGCACCCUGCCUGGAACCAGUCAAGAAAUCCCAGCAUCGUUCUUCCUCCUCAGCCCAACAUCACAAUCACCGCAGUGGUACAAGUCGGGGCCUCUCCAGGCAAGAGACUUUUGACUCAGAAACCCAGGAGAGUCGAGACUCUGCCUACGUGGAGCCGAAGGAAGAUUAUCCCCAUGAACACGCAGAUCACUAUGCCCCACACCGUGACCAUAACCACAGAGAAGAGCCCCACGGGAGCAGUGAUCACAGACACAGGGAAUCUCGGCACCGUACCCGGGACAUGGAGCGAGAGCAGGACCACAAUGAGUGCAACAAACAAAGAAGCCGUCAUAAAUCAAAGGAUCGUUAUUGUGACAAGGAUGGAGAAGUAAUAUCCAAAAAACGGAAUGAGGCUGGGGAGUGGAACAGGGAUGUUUACAUCCGCCAAUGAUUUUUGCCCUUUUGUGUGUGGGUUUUUUUUUUUUUUUUUUGUGGAAGUCUUGUAUAACAGCACCCCCAAAUUCUUUGGGGUCUACAUUGCAAUCAUAUGUGAUCUGUCUUGUAUAUUUUUGUAUUGCUGUUGCUUGAAUAGCAAUAGCAUGAAAUAGAGUAUUAAUAUACUGUGUUUUUGUUUUUUUUUUUCCUUUUGUAAGUGCUAUAUGAAAUAGCCUGGUACAGCUGCAGUCCUCCAGUUGUAUACUGGAGUUUUAAAAAACUGUCUUGGGUGUAGGUGACACUUGAACAAAAUCUGUUGCCAUCCAGGUGGUGUUAGUGUUUUAAGAAGUGUAGUUGAUGUUUUCAGAAAUGUAGUUGAUGUAUCCCGCAAGCCAGAAUCAGCACAGAUAAAAUGUGGAAUUUGUUUCUCCAGGUUUUUUAAUAUGUAGGCACCUGAUUUGCAUAUCCACUCAUUCAUGGACCACUGUUUCUUGCUUGUACCUCUGGCUGACUAAAUUUGGGGACAGAUUCAGUCUUGCCUUACACAAAGGGGAUCAUAAAGUUAUAAUCUAUUUUCUAUGUACUAGUACUGUGUACUGUAUAGACAGUUUGUAAAUGUUAUUUCUGCAAACACCUUAUUAUUAUAAUUAUAAUAUAUAAAUAUAUAUAUAUAUAUAUCAGUUUGAUCACACUAUUUUAGAGUCUUAAUGCCAAGUCAGCAGAUUUGCUUUAUGAAUAACAGGGACUAGAAAUGCCCACAUUCAGGAAAUUUGUAAUAACAUUGUCUAGACACCUUUCCCCAUUUUAGUAGAAAGUCUGUACAUAUUGUAAAUAUGUGUGAUUGUUUGACUUGAAAAGGUUUGAUUUUUGAAUGUUACACCAUCCUUGUAAGUUCAUAAUUUUGACCAUAAAUUAUGGUAAAUAUAACUAAACUCCAGAAAUUGUUCUAAUCCAUACAGUUCACAGUUUGUGACAAACACAUUCUUAGUAGCAAGUGUCUGUUAUAGUCACAGCACUGGAGUUUACGAGCCGGAAUUCUUUGUGUGCACGUGUGCGUGUGUCUGUAUGAAUGAGUAUGCACAGGUUGCGGUAAUUCUGAAUGCUGGAGACUAAUGAAGAGAAGAGACUAAUACCUAAAUCCUGUCCAGCUGGCUUUUUAUUUAAUUGUGCUGUAUGUUGCUUUAAUGAUCCAUUGAGCAGUCAGGGAAUGUGAGGAAGUUUGCUGCCAAAGGUAACUAGGAAAGCAUACAUCUGCUGGCUCCUCAUUUUUACUCCUAGAGUAAAAAUACAGGCAACUUUUACUGUGAGUGUUUCACUGGAAAUGUACAAUCUUUCUUUCUUAAGAAUAUUUGUUUUAGUAAGAAAAGUUUACAUAGCUUGUGGGAUUAUUUCGUGGGAAAAUAAAUUUUUAUAACUUCUCCCA